AUGGCUCCACUUCCAAGAAGACGCACAUCGUCGUCUCGCUCGAUGGCGCCACUGCGGAACUCACGAAAUGGUAACGCAACCCCGAGCGACGGGCCUCCGCAGAAGAAGCGCAAAUAUAUCCCUGGUGGACCUGGGGGCGGUGGCAGAUUUGUGGAAAUCGAUGUUGUUCCUGAAAGAAAACCACCCGCUCCUGUUCAAGAACCUAUCGCCCCAGUUCAGAACCAUUCUUCCCCGCGUCCUCGACGAGAGACAUUACCUGCUAUCAUUAGCACCCCGCUUCCUAUUGCCACACCGCCAUCUACUCGCCCUCGAAGGGAACGCACCCAAAGCCGAGGCCGUUACAGUUCCGCUACGGCUGCUGCUUUGGCACUCCAACAAGGCGAUGGGUAUAAGCCUCGCGAAGAACGCGGUUGGGAAGAGUUUCACCCCGAUCUAGAUAUCGAAGCCAAGUUUGCAGUUUUUAGCGCUGAAGAAGUAGACGGCGCCAACAAACCACAGCAAUCUGCUUCAAAUUCUCUUUUAACAAACGGUUCACCCUUGACUCCCGACGGCUACAAUGUCCCUGCUAUCGCGGCGCCUACGAUUCCUCAAACACCUCCCAAACGAAGGCCAGGUCGUCCUCCACGGCGUCCAGAUGCAAUGCUUAGUGCAAUCAUUACUCCAGAACAACCAAAAAUUGUUCCACCUCCUGGACCAAACCCUCGCGAGCGGCUUACGCUGCCCAAGCCGAAUUUCCACCUUCGAGAUCCCUUCGUUCCUUUUGAGCAAAAAGGCGUUAGUCAGCAAAAUUACGUUGAUCGGACAAUGGCUAGCGUUGGCUAUCAAGAGAGUGAUUUGUUUGUGCGCCAUGAUCGUCGACUUUUCCGUAUGGCCGAAGGCGCCAUUGAAGAAGAUCUAGAUCUAGACCCGCCUGUCACAGAUGGUGAUACUAAUGCGGCCAUUGGUUCACUGGGUGUUGGCAGGGUAGAAUAUGAUAUGGAUGAGCAAGAUGAAAAGUGGCUAGAAGAUUACAACGCCAAACGAAGGAUUGAUCAGUUGGAGGCAAUAAAACCAGCCAUAUUCGAAAUCACCAUGACUAAAAUCGAGAAGGAAUGGUAUGCCCUAGAAAAGAAGAUCCCGAAGCCAAACCCCAAGCCACCUCAAACACAACGCCCGCGCUCAAGCUCUGCUGCUGCUGUCAAUGGCGAGCCCAUCGGAGCCGGUGAAGAACAAGACAGUAAAUGUGCUGUUUGCGACGAUGGGGACUGUGAAAAUUCCAAUGCCAUCGUAUUCUGUGAUGGAUGCGAUCUUGCUGUCCAUCAGGAGUGUUAUGGCGUUCCGUAUAUUCCAGAAGGCCAAUGGCUCUGUCGCAAAUGCCAGCUGAUUGGAAGAGGGUCACCGAAUUGUAUUUUUUGUCCAAAUACAGAAGGCGCAUUCAAACAAACAAACACGUCAAAAUGGUCACAUUUGCUCUGUGCUAUCUGGAUCCCAGAGGUUGGUAUUGGUAACCAGUCCCUCAUGGAACCAGUCACGGACGUUGAAAAAGUACCCAAAAGCCGAUGGAAGCUCCAGUGUUAUAUAUGCAAACAGCGAAUGGGUGCGUCAAUUCAGUGCAGUAACAAAAACUGUUUUGUGGCCUUCCAUGUCACCUGCGCAAGGCGAUCUCAGCUGUAUUUGAAGAUGAAGACUGGCCAUGGGAAUUCAGCAAUCAUGGAUUCUCACAUGCUAAAAGCUUUUUGCCAUAAGCAUGUCCCCCCUGAUUGGCGAAAGGAACAUGGAACUGAUAUCGCAUAUGCUGAAGCAGUUGAAUAUUACAAGAAUACAAUGCAUGGGAAAAGAUGGGGCGACAGUCAAGCCGCUGCUCUCGCUCUCGGCCCGUCACAGCCGGAUGGAAGCGAGGCCCCAGAAGGCCGUGGACAUCAGAGUCCCAGCAUACACUUGACGUUCAAUGCGGGUAACAACAAACGAAAACGCACUACCCCUCAGAAACCUGCGUGGAGGCUAGCAUCAGGGGCACCUGUCAUUCCACAGACAGUACUGAAUUCAGUCGUAGCUUCAUUGCAACGUUUUUCCGUGCGCCAACGAAAACAAUAUGCAGAGGAUGCUUGUAAGUACUGGACUUUGAAGCGGGAAGCUCGCCGGGGAGCUGCCUUGUUAAAGCGUCUCCAGCUUCAGCUGGAGACAUUUUCUUCUAUGGAGAUGACCAGGCGUAAUUUUGCUGGCAUGGGUCCCAUUGGCCUCUCCCGUCUUCAGCGCCGUAUUGAUUUUGCAGAGCGACUGUCUUCAGAUGUGGAAAGAGUUCGCACACUAUGCAAUGAUGUGAAACGACGCGAGAGCGCCAAGCUCGAAGACGCCGAAACGCUCCGUGACAUCGUCGAUACUGUCUACUUUCCCAUACCUCCUUUAUUAUGGCCGAUCUUCGAGAAGAUUCAAGCUCUUGAUCCCAAAGGUGUUUUUCAUUCAAAACUACAAGCCGUGCGUGCCCGCUUGGAAGCACGGUUUUACACCACCGUGGCCAUAUUCUCGGCUGAUUUAGCCCAUAUAUUUACCACCGAGAUUGGAGCGCAGCCAGCUGAAGACACAGCAGAGCUUCAGGUACAGAUGAGUGGCCGAGCAACAGAGCUUUCGCUUGAACAGCGUGAGAAAAGGAAACUAGCAAAGAGAAUAAUAAAAUCCAUCCAGCCUUUUCUCGAGGAUGCUAUUCGCAAGGAGACCGAACUUAGUGGCUUGCCUUUCGAGAAAGAGCUCAAAGAGCUUGAUGCCAUAUUCGAGAGCGGUAUUCUGUCACGGAGAACAUCUGUUGUCGAAACUGCCGACGCUUCAUCUGUUCAUGGUGUGGUGACGAAUGGCCUACUCGAAGCCGAAGCCGACGACCAUUCAAAGACCAUAGAAACAGAAAUGGCAGAACAUAUGUCAGUGACUGAAGCGAACGGAGUUACUGAAAUACCAGCUAGUGAUAGUAACGGUCGAAACGUAAAGGAAAAUAUUAUCACAGCACCUUCCAGUGAACAGGCAGCGGAUGAGCCGAUCGGCGCUUCAGAGAUCGCUGUCCAAGACACGGUCGGUGGCAUGGACAGAAAGGAGGAUGAUGGCAUCGUCUCUCAAUCCGAUGGUCAUGCUGUUAUGGCACCCACACGUGGCCCACUGACACCGCCGCUUAGCUCUCAGGGUGACCAACAACAAGGGCCACUUGCUCAGGGAGGUAUACAAUGGUAUAUGCAGCCUUUCGACCCAAUUGGAACUACUAUACAUGAAGAACGAUGGACUGGUCGUGAUGUGAUGCGGUGUAUGAGUGAGGAACUAAGUGAACUGGAUGAAGAGGAGCUAGAUGGUUUGAUAAGCAAUGAAGAAAAAGAUGGGGUAAAUCAGUCGAAUGGGGAUUCGAAUAAAGCCAAUGGCGCAGCACCUGAACCCGUCAAGGUUCAUCGAACACGACGGCGUUGGCGGGUGUUCAAAUAG